CCCCCUCAUGCUCAUGAUUUUACGCAUUGCCAAUGUGCUGUCCAAGAUGGGUAUGACUUGAUGGAUGCCUGCACCCAUAAAUAACAUGGAAGUACAUCGUCAAUGCUUUAAACAUCAUGUUGGUGAGUAGAAACUAGUACAUGCGUUUCGUUACCUACACGACGACGAUGUUGUAUCGAUGUGCUUACAGUAUGUAAAAUUAAUCCUUUGAAUGACCAUAUCUCUGUAGUACAAACGACCUUGCUGUAGAGAUUAUAAGCUCGUAUUCCUCCCGGCGUAAAAUAAAGUACUUAGAAAGUAGUAACAUUUCUUAACGAGCCAACAAAUAUGGUACAACAAGGAGAUGACCGUGUUGGGAAACAAGGUGCGCUUGGGGAGAGGCAGCCGAAUCAUGUAGCCGUGGAAGUGGAGAUGGCGAGUUUUAGCGCCACCCCUUCGCAACGCGGUGGAACCGCGGAACUUCCGAGACUAGGUGAAAAUUCGUUGGUGCAACUAGUGGAAGGUGAGCACAGAAUGCCAAUUCAUAACGAUCAUUUUGGCAUAUAUGCUGCGGGUAAGGGCGACGAGCACAGUGAUCCGUCUGGGUUGCGCGACGAGGCUGACGCCGACCUGCCAGAACUUGCAGAUGCAGUGGUAGUGAUGGACGACGGCCAUGGCCAUAGGCACUCCGAUCAUUCUGAACUCAAAGCAGCGCGAGGAUCGACAAAACUUGGAAAACCGAACUCGAAAAAGGAUAAAGAGCAAGCGGAUGCAGCACGCAAGCAACCCCAAAGUGAAAGACACCACGGUGCACACCCAGGACACCACUCAUCACACCAUUCGCCUCAUCAUGAUUCACCACAAAAGUCGCCUGACCACUCGCCACAUCACUCGCCGAGAGCGAACCACGACGAUACAAUGCAAGUGAAACUCGAAAUUGACCAGGGCGGAGCAGGUGGGGAGAAGAGCGCCAGUGGAGCUGGUCCAGACGCAGCGAAGGCUGCACGUGACGAACGAAACGCUCCUGCUAAACAGGUAGUGAUGUCCCGUGUUACCCAUGUCGUAACAAAGCAGGCGCCUAGGUUUCUGGCCCGCAUAACUAGAACAGCGCAUACUGCCUACCAGCAGUUUCACAAGUACAUGGUGAGUCCUCAUAUGACCCACUACCGCGAGGAGCACAAACAUGAUUCCAUCAGAGAUGCCAAGACCCGCAAUAGUAAGCGUCGAGAGGUCCGAAAGAGCAUCCAUAGAGCGCACAAGGAGGGCCGGCUACACAUUUCCCGCGAGCACCGAGUGAGGGACCGACACCAGCUGUACCUCGAUAUGUUGAGGGAUGAACACCACGAGCACAGAAGACACGGCAAGGGCACUCACAAGGAGCGCUUGUUGAAGGAGCACGAGGAUGAAGAAAUCGAUGUGGAUUUUGGACACCAUUACAACGCUUUUCUUACUUUCCUUUUCCCGGUGUUGCAAGUCAUCCUUUAUCACACCAGCUACGCGCGUGAGGGUUUUUCAACCGGCCCAGAUGUUAAGGCUUCAACACAUAUAAUAUAACAAAGUUGAUGUAAUUGUAUUUGUAACUAGUUGUUUUUUAGCGCUAGUACAUUUAAAAUUACACUACAAUCAGUCCAUCAUGGUGAAAGCCUCAUCUAUCACAAUGUGGGAAUCCUCUAGCCUGUAGCGUCGCUAGAAACAUUGUAAAGGAGCAUGUUUAUACCGGAGUAUUUCUCUCUUUCGGGCUAGUAUCUUAAAUUUGAAACCGGAAUGUUUUUUCGAAUACGGGGAAACACUGAAAGAACAAUCGGCUGAAACGCAUAGAAGGAUAGAACAACUACGAUUUUACACGUUCCUCAUACUAGGAGAAAAUGAACUACGUACUAGCCAUGUUGCACAGUUCUAAUGUUGGGUCAACCGUGUGCGGAACGUCAGCGACACCAGCGUGUCCGUCAGAGCUGCAGGACUGGAGCUUGCACACGUGGGAGGACCAGAGUUGUCUUACGAACCCCCAGCGAGGGUGUCCGGCGCACAAAGACAGGCGUCAUGAAGUUUGGCGGUGGAUCAUGUACUCCUUGUCCCACGUGGACUUCUAUCACUGCUACAUGAACGUCCUGUUCGAAAUCCUGUUCGGCCCAUCGAUCGAAAUGGCCCACGGCCACGCGAGAGCAGCCCUUUUGAUGUUCGUCUGCGUCGUUGGAGGGGGAAUAGCAGUCGCCGUCUUUGAUCCGACACAGAAAGUUGUUGGAGCUUCUGGCUACGUCUACGGACUCAUUCCGAUUCACGUACCUACUACUAACUCUUUACACUUGAAAUUGUAGAGCAUGUGUUUGUUCAGCAACAACACGGUCAUUUGUCUUUAUCUACUUUGAGUAUGAUGAAAGUUGUAUGAUUAUUUCGUGAGCAAGUGAGGGUUACUGCACCUCCAAACUUCGUGGAACAAGAAGCGGAACAAGAAGUCAUAAGUAGUUUUCCUUUUCUUGAGUUCUUCUGAUUUCUUAUUACCACAGGUAGCUACGUACUAGUAAUCGAUUCUUUCUUCAGAAUCGCAAUCUUCUCCAACCUUAUAUCAUCUCGAACAACUUACCAGAUUUCGUUUGUAGUCCUGAAUUGGGAUGAGCUUGGGCACGAGAAGAUGUUUGGGUUGAUCCCGGACAACUGGUUUCGACUGGUCUUCAUCCUAUCGCUCUUUGCUUUCCUCUUCUUCGGAAUGUUGUCGGACUUGAACAAUCCUGAGUCCCGUGUUUCGCAUGCCGCACACGCGGGAGGAGCGAUUUUUGGCGGAACGUUUUCGCUCUUUUUCCUAAGGAACACAGUGCCAUCGCACAAAAUCCGCACGUGGCUGCAACGGGGAGGACUAGCCUUCGCGAUCGGGUUCACCAUUGUGUCGAUCAUCUGGAUCUACGCACACGCUACGCCGACUCCGAUGUUUGUGACCCACAGAUAUGCCUGCACAGCAGAUCUCGAAUGGGCGAUGCAGCGGAAUCCGGGGUCAACAGCCGAUCAGCUCUGCGAAGGAUCCAAGCCUCCAUAAAGAACUCCAUAGAAGAUCAGAGAACGAUGAUCAUAUAGAGGAUUAAUGUGUUCAUCUUUGUCAAGUCGCACUUGUUUUAGAGCGGCUCAGACGCGAGCGUCAGAGUCAGUGUUAAUGAAUUGUAAUAAUUGUUGUUGGAGUUGGUCGAGGUGUAUUCUUGCCAUGUUUUGACAAGUUGUUAUCGAUACAUAAGUGAAGAUAAUGGAGUUUUAUCCAUUUUAGUCAUACGCAUACCCAAGAAACGCCAGGGAAUUGUUAGAAAGGACAUGCCAGUCCUCAUAGUAUUGAUGCAUCAGUAGAACCAUAUUUUUCGCAUAGUAUUUUGAAUCGGGGUCAGAUAUCAUAGAAUUGCGUAGAGUUGUCAUUGUUGAGUAAAGCAUAAUGAGAGUAUUAUUAAUUUGAAUGUUUGUAACUUCAUACAGAAUUACCAUAUGUCUUAGUCGGUCUGUGUAUAUCUUUUUCGCAUCUUGUUGAAUUUUUCGCAUACAAACACAUUUAAUAUCCAUGUUGAUUCGAUGAACAGGAUUAUGACACAUUGCGCCUGUGUCAUGCUAAUGAAUACUUGAAACAGCAAAAAAGAAUCCUUUUCAUAGACUGUUUAUCGCGCUGUGAUUAUUCCCCUUAUCCCACGCCAUUCGUUAUUCAGAUUUAGUAAAUUCAUUCGUUAGUUGUAAUUUUUCACGAACUUAUUCCCUGUUCAUCUUUGACAGUACCCACCGAAUUCUUCCAAGAAAAUGAUGAUGAUCAUAGUCAAGAAACGACACUGACUCUUCUAUGUACUUUAAAGAUGAGUUACUGUUCAUGUAAGCGCAUUCUUAAGAAGGUUGUGAAUGAGAAG